CAACACUAACCUUUGUUGUGGCGAGUGCGAUUGGCGUUUCUACAACUCUUAGGGAAAAGCCAUGCCUGAACCUUCCAAAUCUGCUCCGGCUCCCAAGAAGGGCUCCAAAAAAGCCAUUACUAAGGCGCAGAAGAAGGACGGCAAAAAACGCAAACGCAGCCGCAAGGAGAGUUAUUCCAUCUACGUGUACAAGGUGCUGAAGCAGGUGCACCCCGACACCGGCAUCUCGUCCAAGGCCAUGGGCAUCAUGAACUCGUUCGUCAACGACAUCUUCGAGCGCAUCGCGGGCGAGGCGUCCCGCCUGGCGCACUACAACAAGCGCUCGACCAUCACGUCCAGGGAGAUCCAGACGGCCGUGCGCCUGCUGCUGCCCGGGGAGCUGGCCAAGCACGCCGUGUCCGAGGGCACCAAGGCCGUCACCAAGUACACCAGCUCCAAGUAAGCGGCUUGUGAUUCAACCCCAAAGGCUCUUUUCAGAGCCACCCACUUUAUCAAUAAAGACCUGUAACCACCAUUUC